AUGGAUAACGACAAGUUACUUGAAAGCGACGUCCAGGUAGACGAUUCCAUAGAAAUGGAAGACUUAGAUGAUGAAAUCCUCAGUUCUUUGAAAGACUUGGAUUUAGAACCUGCUGUCGACUGGAAUCUUUUAUUGGAUAAAUUGAAGAAGAACUUAUCUUUAAUUUAUGAGAGGAAAGGUAACCUAAAAGUCCUCAAAUAUUUGAGGGAUAAUGAAGUUCUUAUGUAUGACGUAUUAUUAUCAUUUGAUCCUUCAGAACCUCACUCCCUAAACAUUGUUGAUUUCAGAACCAUACCCCUUGAAAUACAAUUAAAGACCAUGUUGGUGAACGCAACCCUCCACAAAAGUAAAGUUAUUGACAUUUGUAAGAAACAUCAGAUGAUUGAAUUAUCCGAAAACCUGAAAUUCUACGCGUUGGGCUGGAAACUAGGGUUUUAUAAAGAAGGUUGGAUACUUCUAAAUUUUCUUUUGAGCUUUCCUAUUUUUAUAGGCCUAAUUGUCUUGUUACUAUUUGUUUUCGAUGCUUAA